UGUUCUGUAGAACCGAUGGACCCGGUCUCAGGUGGAGUGUCUUUUGUCCGAGGCUCAGUUUGACGCUCUGAGGUCUAGACUCUGCAGCAGGAUGAGCUUUGGCACGGCCGGACUCCGAGCACCGAUGGGAGCCGGGUUCAACCGAAUCAAUGACCUCACUGUCAUCCAGUCCACACAGGGUCUGUGUUCAUACCUGUCCAGGUACUUUGCUGACUUCAGCAGCAGAGGUGUGGUGGUUGGUUUUGACACCAGAGGACAGGAAGAGAGCGGUUGCAGCAGUCAGAGGUUGGCAAAGUUAACGGCGGCUGUGAUGCUCAGUAGAGACGUCCCCGUUCAUCUUUUCUCCACGUUUGUCCCCACGCCAUUCGUGCCGUAUGCUGUGAAGAAACUAGGAGCAGCAGCUGGAGUCAUGAUCACCGCUUCACAUAAUCCUAAAGAAGACAACGGGUACAAGGUGUACUGGUGUAACGGCGCUCAGAUCUCCGCGCCUCAUGACAAGGAGAUCCUGCGGAGCAUCGAGGAGCAGCUGGAGCCCUGGAGCGCCUCCUGCUGGGACGAGGAGCUGGUGGAGAGCUGCUCCCUGAGGACUGAGCCCCUGACCCGAAUCAACCGCUGCUACAUGGAUGAGCUCACCUCCCUCUGCUUCCACAAGGAUCUAAAUCGCAGCUGUCCUUUGAAGUUUGUCCAUUCGUCCUUCCACGGCGUCGGACACGUCUUCGUCCAGCAGGCCUUCCAGACCUUCGGCUUCAGACCACCGAUUCCCGUACCUGAGCAGAAAGACCCCGAUCCCAACUUCUCCUCUGUCCGAUGUCCGAACCCAGAGGAGGGACAGUCUGUUCUGUGUCAGUUUUCUUCUAUGUUGCAGGAGCUUUCUCUUCUUCUGGCAGAGAGGGAGAACGCUCAGAUCGUCUUGGCAACGGAUCCUGAUGCCGACCGUUUGGCUGUAGCAGAGAAGUCUGAUGGGUGUGGCUGGAAGGUGUUCACAGGUAAUGAGCUGGCCGCUCUGUUGGGUUGGUGGAUGUUCUUUAACUGGAAGGAGAAUCAUCCAGAUCCCGCAGACACUCGGAGCGUUUACAUGUUGGCCACCACGGUGUCGUCCAAGAUCCUGCGCGCCCUCGCUCACACGGAGGGGUUCCACUUUGAGGAAACUCUUCCAGGGUUUAAGUGGAUCGGGAACAGGAUGCACGAACUCUCCAAAACAGGGAACACGGUCAUAUUCUCCUUCGAGGAGUCGAUUGGUUUCCUGUGCGGCAGUAUGGUCCCUGAGAAAGAUGGCGUGAGCUCGGCAGCCGUCGUGGCAGAAAUGGCCGCUUACCUUCACAACAAGAGCCUGAGUCUGAACCAGCAGCUCCACAACAUCUACCAGACGUAUGGUUUUCAUGUGUCUAAGACCUCCUACGUCGUCUGUAACCACCCGCCCACCAUCCUGAAGAUCUUUGGUCGGAUCAGAAACUUUGACGGCGAGGGAUCGUACCCGAAGACGUGCGGUGGCAUCAGUAUCGUCCAUGUCAGAGACGUUACCACGGGAUACGACAGCAGCCAGACGGACUUUAGAUCUGUUCUUCCUGUGUCCAGGAGCAGUCAGAUGAUCACCUUCACACUUCAGAACGGCGUUGUGGCCACGCUGAGAAGCAGCGGCACUGAACCCAAGAUCAAAUAUUACACAGAGUUCUGUGCGCCGCCGGGGAAAAGUGACGUGUCCAGUCUGGAGGAGGAGCUUACAAAGGUGACGACCGCUCUGCUCGACGAGUUCCUGGAACCAGAGAGGAACAACUUGAUUCGUCGUUUUGUCUAACUCCCCCUCCACAUGCCUGGUCCCUCUCGUGAUGUCACUUCCUGUUGUGUUAGCUUCCUCUCUUUGGUGUCAGUGAAGUUCAUGUUGGACUGAGGAAGACGUUUGACGUUAGAGACAGAAAGUGACAGAAGAUUGAGCAUGAUGGGAACUCAGCAGAGAGCAUGAUGGGAACUCAGCAGAGAGCAUGAUGGGAACAGAGUCGAAAGAGAAGAACAUGUGUUUUGAGGUGAAGGAAAAUGACGUUGAAACUUGUUUUCCUGCAGCGUCUCGAUAUGGAAGUUCGUUAAUGACACGUUUUUUUUAUAGCAGCCUGUUGAUGCCACAGUGA